AUGCCGAGCGAGAACCCAACGCUUCUAGUCAAUCUUACGGAGAAUGGACAAGCGAAAAUGGAGCCGGAGUUCGUGUUCAUUGGAUGCUCAGAUAGCCGAGUAAACGAAGGUACCGUCUUCGACGCCAGACCAGGCACGCUUUUUAUGAAGCGCAACAUCGUGAAGCAGUUUAUUGCGGAGGAUUUUAAUGCGUACGUUGUCUACGAGGUGAUGAGUAGAAAUCUCUCACUUCGAGAGAAGAACGCUGUUUUUGAAGUGGUCGAAGAACCCGAGCCAAAGAACGCAAGUGCCAGUCCUCAUUCUCCUCAACAUCCCUUACUUAACAUUCUCUUUGUAGCUGGUCUUCGUGCUCUUAUCGAGGAGAACGUCAAGGUUAGUGUCCAGCCCGUCGCGGCAUCCACCGUCAUCCAGGACCAUUUCGUUGCCCUUGCUCAAGCUGGCGGCGUCAAUGAGAAAGGGAAGACGCUCGCCACCGUAUCCAUUCAUGGACGAAAUACAGAAUCUAGUCUGUAUAUCGACGGCUUGAAGGAUUAG